AUUUGAUAUAUAGAAUAUUUUUUUGAAUUACUAUAAAAUAUUUUGAAUGAAAUAAGAAUGGAUGAUAGAAUAAUUGGAAUUCUUGGCGGAGGUCAACUUGGACGAAUGCUUGUUGAAGCUGCACAUCGGCUGAAUAUUAAAACAGUAAUCCUUGACCCUGAUCCUGAUUCUCCUGCAAAACAGGUAAAUUCUUCAAAGAAUCAUAUAAAUGGGAGUUUUUUGAACUUUGAUGAUAUUUUAUCUCUUUCAGAAAGAUGUAAUAUUCUUACAAUUGAAAUUGAACAUGUUGAUAUUAAAGCUUUGAAACACAUUUUUUUAAAUGGAAAAGUAAAAGUGCAUCCAUCACCUAAUACUAUUGAAAUCAUUCAAGAUAAAUAUCUUCAAAAACUUCAUCUCACGAAACAUGGAAAUCCAACAAUUGAAAGUAUUUCAAUUAAAAAUACUCUUGAGGAUAUUAGAUUAGCUGGUGAAAAGUUAGGUUAUCCUUUUAUGUUGAAAUCUCGAACUAUGGCUUAUGAUGGACGUGGAAAUUUUAAAAUUGAUUCUUUAGAAUCAGCUUAUUCUUCAUUAUCAGUUUUUGAAAAUGUAUCUCUUUACGCUGAACGGUGGGUCCCUUUUAUGAAGGAGCUUGCAGUUAUUGUUGUGAGAAAUGAAGAAGGGGUUAUUGGUUCAUAUCCUGUUGUAGAAACUGUUCAAUCUGAUAAUAUUUGUCGUCUUGUUUAUGCACCUGCUAGAGUUUCUUUUACUGUUUCUGAAAAUGCAAAACGGGUUGCUGAGAAAGCUAUUCAAUGUUUUUCAGGAGCAGGUGUUUUUGGAGUUGAAAUGUUUUUGGUUACUAAUGGUGAUAUUAUAAUUAAUGAGGUUUCCCCUCGACCUCAUAAUUCUGGUCAUUAUACUAUAAAUGCAUGUUCUAUUUCUCAAUAUGAAUCACAUAUAAGGGCUGUUUUGAAUCUUCCAUUUCCAUCUGAUUCGUUUAACUUUUUAACAUUUAAAACAUUUGCUAUUAUGCUCAAUUUAAUUGCAGAUGAUUUAAAAGUAGAAUAUAUGGAAAUUUGUCGAAAGGCUCUCAUAGUAGGAGGUUCAUCAAUUUAUUUAUAUGGGAAAAAAGAACAACGAAGAGGUAGAAAAAUGGGUCAUAUUACUAUUGUUGCUUCAUCUAUGUCUGAAGCGGAGUAUAAACUUCAGCAGAUUCUUCAGUCUUCUAAAAUAUCAUUAUCAUGUUUUUCAAGUAAAGAGAUAUUUUCUUACGAAAAGUCACCUAUAGUAGCAAUUAUUAUGGGAUCUGAUUCUGAUUUACCAACAAUGAAAUCUGCUAUAGAAAUCUUUAAAAAAUUUGAUGUUUCUUUUGUUGGUCCUGAUAUUAUAUCUGCUCAUAGAACGCCUAGAAAGCUUGUAGAAUUUUCAUCUACUGCUAUUUUAAAUGGUUAUAAGGUUAUUAUUGCUGGUGCAGGAGGUGCUGCUCAUUUACCUGGAAUGGUUGCUAGUAUGACUACACUUCCUGUAAUUGGCGUUCCUGUUAAAGGGAGCUCUUUAGAUGGUGUAGAUUCUCUUUACUCUAUUGUUCAGAUGCCGAAGGGUAUUCCUGUUGCUACUGUAGCUAUAGGAAAUAGUACUAAUGCGGCCCUUUUAGCACUACGUAUUAUUGGGAUUACGGACAAUAGAGUGAGAUUUUUGCUAGAUGAGUAUACUCGAAAUAUGGAAACCGAUAUCCUUCUAAAAAGCAAGAAAUUACAGGAGAUUGGAUGGGAAAAUUAUGAGCAUAAUAAAUAAUUUAGAAGUUUUUGUAUGGAAAUUUUAUA